AAUAUUGUUAUUAACCGUGAGCUAGAAAUUAUAAAAAAUCAAAGAUGGAUCCAGCGUUACUUCGCGAGCGCGAAGCGUUCAAAAAAAGGGCUAUGGCCACUCCCACUGUGGAGAAGAAAAACAGAACCGAAAGAGCUCCUCCACCUCCAAGUAGAGAUGAUUCCCAAAAGAAAAUGCGGCCGCCGACGGCACCAAAACUGGAUGCAUCCACAUACAAAACGAUGUCAGGAAGCUCUCAAUAUCGAUUCGGUGUGUUGGCCAAAAUAGUCAAAUUUAUGCGCACCCGCCAUCAGGAUGGCGAUGAUCAUCCACUAACCAUUGAAGAAAUACUAGAUGAGACCAAUCAGCUGGAUAUUGGUCAAUCUGUGAAAAAUUGGCUCGCCGGGGAAGCGCUUAAUAAUAAUCCCAAAAUUGAGGUCACACCCGAUGGAACCAAGUUCAGCUUCAAACCAGUAUAUAAGAUCAAGGAUGGCAAAAGUCUGAUGCGACUUCUAAAGCAACACGAUCUUAAAGGCCUCGGAGGAAUAUUGCUGGAAGAUGUGCAGGAAUCCUUGCCGCAUUGUGAAAAAGUUUUGAAAAACCGAGCAGCAGAAAUUCUAUUUAUUAUACGUCCCAUAGACAAAAAGAAGAUAUUAUUCUACAAUGAUAGAACCGCAAAUUUCUCGGUGGAUGAGGAAUUCCAAAAGCUUUGGCGCUCUGCAACUGUUGAUGCAAUGGAUGACGCCAAAAUUGAUGAAUACCUUGAGAAACAAGGCAUACGUUCGAUGCAGGACCAUGGGCUGAAGAAGCCUGUGCCGAAACGCAAGAAGGCGGCCAACAAAAAGCGCCAGUUCAAGAAGCCCAGAGACAAUGAGCAUUUGGCAGAUGUUUUGGAAACCUAUGAAGACAAUACCCUAACCCAAAAGGGUGCCAAUCCUACAUAGUUGACAGUUAAGACAC